UUGCGCAUGCUCAAAUAUGAUCAAGUUGAAAGAGUAAAUUUUACAAUUUAUUUGAUAAUCACAGAAAUUUUCGUAUCAUUUAUUUUCGAUUAUCUCAAAAUAAGCAAUAAAAAAUGUCGUAUGCAUAUUUAUUUAAGUACAUUAUAAUAGGUGAUACAGGUGUUGGUAAAUCAUGUUUACUUCUUCAAUUUACAGAUAAAAGAUUUCAACCUGUUCAUGAUCUUACUAUUGGUGUUGAGUUUGGAGCUCGAAUGAUUACAAUUGAUGGAAAGCAAAUAAAGUUGCAAAUAUGGGAUACUGCAGGGCAAGAAUCAUUUAGAUCAAUUACCAGGUCAUAUUAUCGGGGUGCUGCAGGUGCUUUGCUUGUUUAUGAUAUAACAAGGAGAGACACAUUUAAUCAUCUUACAACGUGGCUAGAAGAUGCAAGACAACAUUCAAGUUCUAACAUGGUUAUCAUGUUGAUCGGAAAUAAAAGUGAUUUAGAAGCAAGAAGAGAAGUGAAAAAAGAAGAGGGAGAAGCUUUUGCUCGUGAACACGGUCUUAUUUUUAUGGAAACUAGUGCCAAAACAGCUGCAAAUGUUGAAGAAGCAUUUAUUGGUACAGCAAAAGAAAUUUACCAGAAAAUUCAGGAAGGAGUAUUUGACAUAAAUAAUGAGGCUAACGGUAUAAAGAUUGGUCCGCAACAUACAAGCUCUUCUCCAUCUACUAUAAGCGGUGGGGCGGCAAAUCAACAAAGCGGUGGUUGCUGUUAAGGACGUCUUAUUAAUGAAAAAGUUUCAAUAUUUCCUAAGACUUUUAGAAGUCAUGCGCGAUCAGAGUGUUUUUAUGACAUGCUUUUUUCAUAUUCUAUAAAUAAUAUGUUUAUAUGAA